UAAUUCCAAUUUACAAUUCCUUUUUUUUCCCUUGCUUUCUACUUUCUAGUUGGAGAGAGUGAGAGACAACCCACCGGUAGUUGCAGGCUUGCAGCUACUUGAAGAGAGAGAUAUUUUUUUUGUUUUUGUUUGGAGUGGGCAAGAGAGGGAAAGAGAAACGCAGAGAUGUCGAAUCCCCUGGAGAUGAGAUCUCACUCUCACCAGCACCACAGCCAUUGCUACUGCUUCUGCUCACUCAUCUAGUACCACCACGGCACCACCUACAUUGCGGUUUUCGGUUCGGCCUCAGCUCGGCAACUUAAACGGCAACUCUAACCUAAUUCACAUAUUUUCUCUCAAUCUCCAGAAGAAUAACAGUAGCCGUCCACUCAUAGUCACUGAUACAAGACAGACAGGAGGACUCUGUGGAUCGCUUAUACGUCCUACUAGUUGUUUGUAGCCUGUGGUCUAUUGUGCUCGUCUUCAAGAAUCCUGAUGGGUUCAAGAUACAAAUCCCAUCAGCUCAGCAAUGGCCUUUUUGUUUCUGGCCGUCCUGAGCAGCCAAAAGAAAGGACUCCAACAAUGAGCUCAACUGCCCUGCCCUACACUGGUGGGGAUAUCAAGAAGUCUGGAGAACUCGGAAAAAUGUUUGAUAUUCCUACUGAUGGCUCUAAGUCUAGGAAAUCUGGGCCACUUACUAGCGCUCCUUCAAGAACCGGAUCUUUUGGAGGGGCAGGUUCGCGAUCAGGUUCAAUGAUGCCUAAUGCUGCUCCCCGUGUUGGCUAUACAUCAGGACCUUUAUCGUCUGGAGGUUUGCCAACUGGCGUGUUGAAGAAGUCAAAUUCUGGGCCAUUGAAUAAGCUUGAACCCGUAAGGAAGUCAUCUGGUCCUCAGUCUGGUGGAGUGACUAGGCAAAACUCUGGCAGUAUUCCACCUGUUUUACCUGCAACUGGUCUCAUUACAUCUGGACCCCUGAAUUCCUCCGGGGCCCCUCGGAAGGUAUCUGGUUCUUUAGACACUACUGGGUCUGUCCAAAAUCAUGGUUCAUCUCUUGCUCACAACCCUGCUGUGACUACCAUUAGUCAAGAUGAUGACUGUUCUUUCAGGAGAAACGUACCGAAGCCAGUUUUGUGGUUGGUGAUUCUGAUAUUUGUGAUGGGGUUCAUUGCUGGUGGUUUUAUUCUUGGAGCUGUCCACAACGCCAUCCUUUUCAUUGUAGUCGUGGUUCUUUUCAGUGCAAUUGCUGCUGUAUUCAUUUGGAAUAUUUGUUGGGGUGAAAGGGCUAUUAUAAAUUUUAUUGCUAAUUAUCCUGAUACUGAUCUCAGAACAGCAAAAACUGGACAAUACGUGAAGGUCUCUGGGGUGGUCACCUGUGGUAACGUUCCCCUCGAGUCAUCCUUCCAAAGAGUUCCUAGAUGCGUCUAUACAUCUACCAGGUUAUACAAGUAUCGAGGAUGGGGUUCAAAACCUGCCAACCCCACACAUCGUCAUUUUACAUGGGGGUUGAGAUCAUCAGAGAGGCAUGCGGCCGACUUCUACAUCUCCGAUUUCCAGUCUGGACUGAGAGCAUUGGUUAAGUCUGGCAAUGGGGCAAAGGUGACUCCUUUUGUAGACAACUCCUUUGUUGUUGAUAUCAGUCCAGAGAACAAAGAUUCAUCUCCGGAAUUCAUGCGAUGGUUGGGACACAAAAAACUUUCAAGUGAUGAUUGUUUAAUGCGUUUAAAAGAAGAGUACAUCAAGGAAGGCAGUACAGUUAGUAUGAUGGGAGUUGUUCAGAGAGAUGAAAAUGUGCUUAUGAUUGUUCCACCACCUGAGCCAUUAGCAACUGGAUGGCAGUGGACCAGAUGUCUCUUUCCAGCUAGCCUUGAAGGAAUUGUAUUGAGAUGGGAAGAUACUGGCGACAUUAUACCGGUGUAAUUAGUGACUGGAAACUGCCUGUGUUUCCUUUCCUGCAAAAUAUUUUGUCCCCUCAGAGUAUUUUUGAUGGUGAUGGUAGCUAUGGCGAUGUUUUUGUAGUGAUAAAAGUUCCGACUAUUGGUGGUUUUGUUGUUAUUGUUAUUAUUAUUUUUUUUUUACAUUCUGUGUCUUUCUCAAUUUGAUGUAUAGGUUUGAAGGACAUUGUUUAUAUUGUUUUAAGGUUUGGGUUGGCGAGUUGGAUGGGAAUAAAUAUUUCUAAAUUGGUAGAUUUAAGUUGAAGUAUCUAUAUUAUUGAGAACCAUGAGUAGUUCAGAUGACA